AUGCGUUCGCGGCCAAUUUUCAAGAUGGCGGACAGCGAUGAAGAUACGUUCGCAAGUUUUGGAACUCCUUUCGAGAUUCUGGAAGAAGAUGCCCCGCGUAAAAAGGCUGUUCCAAUACAUGAACAAAUUGUUACCGAUACUGAAGGAAGACGGCGAUUCCAUGGCGCCUUUACCGGCGGAUUUUCAGCUGGUUAUUUUAACACGGUUGGCACGAAAGAAGGAUGGCAACCUUCAACUUUCGUGUCAUCACGAUCGAAAAAAAUGGAACAAAGAGCGCAGAGACCUGAAGAUUUUAUGGAUGAAGAAGACAUUGGAGAGUUUGGAAUCGCUCCCAAAAGAAUCACGACAAAGGAAAAGUUCUCGGUAUUGGACCGAGAGCCUCAAAGUCGUAAACGGGUCGUAGAAGCGGAUGACGCACUAAGAGUUAUUCCUGGCGAACCCGUGUUACAGGAUCUUGUCCUUCCAGUGAAAAUGUCUGUCGGUGUUGAACUGUUAAAGAAGAUGGGUUGGAAGGAGGGGCAAGGAAUUGGACCUCGUGAGAGAAGAUCAAAGAAAAAGGUAAUUACAGGUGGUUUUCAUGCAAUCUCGGGAGACACAAAUAACAAUGGUGAAAUGAACAAAUGCUGGUGGACAAACAAAGCGAGCUAAUGAGCGAUGUUUUGUUCACAGUCCACCAGCAUGGCGGUGAUGACGUAACGUGAAAACCACCUAUAAUGCUGAGCUUAUGUUUUUCACUUUUCGCUCUUCGUGUUCAAUUCUUGCAUUUGUAAGUUCAAUAAAUUCAAUUACAGUGGCAGGAUUAGCUCAGUCAGUGGAGCACUUGACUACAGAGCGGAAGGUUGAGGGUUCGAUUCCCGGGGAUGGACAAGUACUCAGUACUCCAACAAAAACUGGAGAGGCACUGAUUGCCUCAAAAAGCUGAUGAGCCAUAAAUUUUUAAUUCAGAUAGCAGAAGAACCAUUCCUUAUUAAAAUCAUUAAAAUCCCAUACUCUGGUUAUUCUCAUGUUAUUUCUACCCACAAGAAGCAUGACAAUAGCUUUCUCUUCAGGUUUAUGGUUGUUCCCUUCCACCUGGGCUUCCAUCCCAAGCAAUGGACCAUAAUCAGGAAGAAGAAGAUAUUUUUGCUGUUGGUCUUCUCUUUGCUCCAAAAGAUAUUGAUGCCUUCACUUUUACACCAAAAGACAACAAGCAUGGAUUGGGAUAUAAAGGUUUGGAUCCAUCAACUGCAUUGAUCGGUCGAGAUGACUGGCUUGGAAUUGAUCCUGUAUCAAGCAGAGUAGGAAAGAAGGGCAUCACUGGGGAGGUACGAUUUAACCCAUUAAGCCCCAAUAGGCUCUUUGCCUGACUUGAUCACGUGAUCAACUUUCGGUAAACUGUUUUUGUGUUUACCGAAAGUUUAUCAUGUGAUCAGGUCAUGCAAAGAGCCUAUAUCCACAUACAAAUUCAACAAACUGAUCUCCAUACAUUUCCUUUAAGAAUUAGUUAAGAGAAUUUGAUAAAAGAUCAUGGCAUUUUCUCUUUGGUGAUCAUUUUAUUAAUUCUCAUAACUUUAUCUCUUGACAAUGUAUGGAUAUUGUUAGGAGACAUUGUUGGUCUUUAUUGGCACCCAAAGGUUUAAGCCCAACUUCGUAAUGAUAGACUUUGUGUCCUACAAUUCAGGAAGUAAUUGGGCGAGUAAUUUUAAAUUGGCCAGUUUGAAUUACAAGCCUGAUUACCCCUGAAUUGUACAUGAGCUCUAUUUAAUAUUACAAGUAUGAUUUAGACCAAAAGUGCUCAACACAAAGUUCAAUAAUUACUGCUUUUUUUCAUCCUGUAACAUGUUUUUUUUCUUGACAGUCAUAUUAGCUUGAUCACUAGGUUUCCUUAGCUGAUCUAGUUUGGUUUUAAAAAUUGAAAACUUUUGUUAUGUAGUUUUGAGAAUGUGGAACAGCAUACAAGGAACAUGUGGAUUUCUUCACAUAUGCUAUUUAUUGGUCGAUUAUGACGUGUAUCAUUGACUUUGUGUGACGAUAUACAUCAAAACUAAUAUGAGAGACGACAGCAUUAAGAUAUGACAUUAUCGCAGUUGCAUUUGUUUCAUUCAAAAUUAGGUGUCAGAAGGUUGCAUGACUUUGAUUUAAAUUUGAUGUUUAUGAUUAUUUUUCUCACAUAUUUUCUAUUGCCAUUGUAAAAGUUUUGAAUACCUUAAUUAACCAAAGUUUCAGUACGUGAUAUCGCAAAAAUUAAGAGACUUAUGUUCCAAAAUUUAGGAAAAUUGCCACAUUAAAGUGCUGCUAAAUAAUGAUUUUUCAAAAUCACUUAAUUACCAUGUCACCAAAAUUUCAUGUAAUGUGUAAUGAGGUACAGCUUGAAUCAUGCUUUGGGGAGACAAGGCUACCUAUACAAACUACAUGUAGUUUGCUGUAAUAUUAUUGUACUGUGCAUGUAAAGUCAUAAUGUGAUACUUAACAAUUAUUCCUUGAGCCUGAAUGGGCUCUGAGUCAAUAGCCCCAUGAGACCAAAGGCCGAAUGGGCUAUUGACUCAGGGGCCAUAAGGGCAAGAGGAAUAAUUGUUUUAGUAAAAUCCAACUAGGUGGUCAAUAUCAAGACAAAACAACUCUAGCUAGUUAAAGCUAGACUUUAAUCUUUUUUUAUGCCAAAAAGCCGGCGCUUUUCACUACCAUUGGGCUAUAACGUAUAGCCUAGUGGUAGGUCAACCAAUCAGAAUGCAGCAUUGAUAAUAGACCACUAGUUGGAUAUCAGAACUCUGAGUAUGCAAAAGGAAAGGUUUCCAAUGUUAUUGCUUGUUUAUGCAUGUAGGCCUUUGGUGUAGGUGCUUUUGAAGAGGAUGAUGAUGACAUAUAUGCAGUAGAUCACAUGUCAAACUAUGACGCAGAGCUGACAGCUGAUCGUAGUUCGGGUUUGCAUGGUUGGACUGGUCCCCCUAAAGAAAGUGCCAGAGGUUAGUUCUUUAAAUUCAUGUCUCUUUGCUAAAACCUAUCCCCAGUAGAUGAACAUGGGGAAAUAGCCUGUGAAUACAGCUGUCUCGCCUUGUUUCUCCCCACCAGGAAUGUUCCUCAGGAGAGGCGUCUGCGCUGGAAUGGCAGAAAUGCCAUAUUAAUGACAUAAAUUUAUUAAUAAUUACAUAAUUGAUCUAGAAGUCUGGGGUUUUUAAUGUAUAUUUGGUUCACCUAGCUGUUGGGGGUGCCAUACCUAAGGAGUAUCGGAUGGUUUUGUUUUUUUAGACUGAUGAAGUUUGCUGCCUCUACAUCAUGAUCUGCUUAGCGGUUUUCAUUUGAGUGUCGAAAAGUAAUUGGUUUUGCACUUUCUACACGAUGCGAUUGGCUUAAAAGAUUCACGCCACCUUUUCAUCCAAUCAGAAGUAAAAUCAAAGCCAAUUGUGACCCGCUCGCAUGCAUUUUCCCGCGCUUUGCAUCAGCCACAUGUAAUUACUUCGAGUUUUGAUUGGUUCAAUGUAUUGUCUGUGUCCUAUGUGAUUGGCCAGAGUAAUUACUUUGGUUUUGGUUUUACGACACUCAAACGAAAACCACUCUAUGAAUGCUAUGACAAAGGGAAAGAAGGACAUACAUUGAAGUGCUUAGGAGGAAGUUGCCUGCCAAAUUACAUAGGAUACCAAGUAGCCUGCGAGCAAGCUCUCCAGGGCACUCUGUUGGCGGGGUAGGAAAAGGAAGGAGAGCUUGCAACUAUGUCUCUGGAAUUUGAAUAUCUGCAUUGAAAAAGUUGAUGCGAAAUGCUGAUUGGCAGAGAUGACACUAGUAUUGAUGUCAUUACCUUUUUUAAGCGUUUACGUUCACACUUGUUUCCGCUUCGCACUGAUUGGCGGAAUUCUGACAGCUCACUCGACGGGGAGCCAUAGAGGAAUUGGAGGUGGAAUUAAAAUUCCAGAGACGUAAUUGCAAGCUCUCCUUCCUUUUCCCUCCCUGCCUCCAGAGUGCCCCAGAGAGCUUGCUCGCAGGCUAGACACCAAGUGUAGCUGAUGUUUAAGUGCACUUGCACCCAACAUAACCUUGUUUGGUUGUCAGCUCCUUGUACUCUCUCAUUCUUCCUACCUUUCAGAACAUUUUGUGAGAGAGAUGUUUUCAUUCAUUUUAGCUUCAGCAAUUCCAUACUGAUGACAUAAAUCAAUGUUUACGCAGCUACUCUGGUAGUUGUGGGCUUCCAGAGGCUUUAAUCUUUUUAGUAGUUUCUUUUUCUCCCUGUUAAUUAUCAAGCGGACAGAUAGUAUGUCAGUCUAUCAAAAGGCUGGAUUUGGGAUAGUAAUAGAGUUUUACUGAAUGAAUGUUCUAAAAAUAAAGUGGUUUUUUUUGUAAAGUUUACCCUUAAAUGCUUAUUUAUUUGCAUUUAGGUGGUGCACUGUCAAUUUUCACAGCCACAUCCAAAGCUGUGGAUGCCAUGAAAUCCUUUCCUCCACCUGUGGUCCCACGAGACUUCAACUGCACUCACACAUUUUCCAGUGCUACAACGGUGACAGCCCCAAAAUCAGAAGAAAAUAAUCAAAUAAAAAAGUCUUUGACUGCUUCAGACAGAGGGGAAAUGCUUGGUGAAGAACCAAUCCCCACCCCUAAGAAAUCCGUUUUUGAGUUUAUGUCUAAGGAGGACAAAGAGCGUGUUUUGUUGUCUUCGAAGGAGAUAGUACCUAAAGCUUCUAGCUCGCCACCUACGGCUGUGAGCUCUGUGUCAAGUGCUUCAUUCAAUUUGUCCUCGAGGAUCUGGUCUGGACAUAGUAGUUUUAAGCCAUUUGCAAAAGAUGCAGCUAAACAAGCAAGGUACGAGGAGUUUUUGAAGACGCAGAGAGGAGAACAGGUCUCCCAAAAGCUUAUUGACAGGUGAGUCAAAUGUAUUUUGUGCUUUGGCUUAUAGCUAAGAACGUGCCCUAGACAGUUGCUGGCAGGGCUUACUUAGUAAGCAGAGGUGCUGCCCUGAUCAGACUGCUAGAGAUGCACACAAACUUAUGGAGCAACAUUUCAUGUAGCCGGCGCGAAAAAAAAACACGCGCGAACUUAUUUCGGUCUUGCCUAGUCCCUGUACGGCGUUUUCCCUCACAUUUUCGCUUGGACCACGUGACCCGAAACGCUUUGGCCGCGCGAAAUAAUGAGCCUAGGGACUAGGUAAAUUUCGGUCAGGAUUGUUUGUUUGUUUUUAUAUUUAUUUUAAUGUUUGACUGUUGACAACAGAGUGAAGCAAUCACAACCACAUUUGGCGGGUCUGGUGCCAAAUGCGUUUGUCCCCGUUUGGUAGAAAACGUGGAAGAAAGUACUUUAGACGUUAUUAAAAUUACUGUUAUUAUUUUUAUUUUACUGCAGUGGGCUGACAGAGUGGGAGCGAGAGAGAGAACAAGAAGAAUUUUCGCGCUCUGCUGCGUUGUACCGACCUCUUAACACAACAAUGGCGGCAAGAUUUACAACUGCACAGUAUCAAGACGACCACAGAACUGUUUACGAGGACGUUCCUGCUCAGGAAUCUUCAGACUCAACAGAUCAAAUUAAGGCUGCCAGCAUGAAAAUGUUUGGAAAAUUAACUCGCGAUAAUUUCGAGUGGCAUCCCAGCAAAAUCUUAUGUAAGCGUUUUAACAUUCCGAACCCUUAUCCCGGUUCCGAUGUUGUUGGUGUUCUGAAAGUACGAAGGUCUAAGUUCACUCUUGGAGAGUUUAUAACGCCAGCUAAACCGCAUUCUAUAACUAACGACCCGUCCACGAGAUCUGGCGAAGAUAGGCAAUCCGACAAACUUGGUAAAAGGUCUGAAACUGCCGUGAUAAAUAAGGCGUUACCGAAGACUUCAGAAUCAGUGUCGGUGACGUCUGAGUUAGUAGCAAGAACUUCCGCUAAAUCUUCGUCAACAACAACGUCUGUCUCACCAGAAACUAAUGUAGGAGUAACUGAUGUACCAAAACACAUGGAAGAAAAAACCACUAAAAAAGAAUCACAAAAUAACGGGUACAUAUCUGCUCCCAAGCGACCACCAAUGGAUUUGUUUAAAGCGAUAUUCGCUGAUUCGUCAUCCGACGAAUCCGAAGCGAGUGAGGAAGGCGAAGAUGACGAUACCGAACGUUUAUCGAUCCAUGCUUCGGGGGAUCAAACAAGCAAUAAAGAGGCUGUGAAUAACAAUAGUGAAGUAAACAGGGAAUCAGAUUCUCAUAUCACUCAACAGAGAAUGUUAGAGGAAGGCUUGUCUAACGCGAAAAAUAACGAAGAAGAACUCAAGCCUACUGAAGCCGAGCUUGUAACCGUGAAACCUCUUGAAGCUGAGAAACGGGAAACAUCUCCUGAUAUAUUUGGUCCAGCUCCUCCUCCUGUUGUUCGUAACAACGAGUUUUCACGUCCUCUCGAGAGAGAAAAACACAACAGAGACGGAGCUUAUAGCAAGGAAGACUUGGAAAGUGCAAGGCGUAUUAAGAAAGACAAACGUAAGGACACAAGAAAGCGUUACUCUGAAUCAUCAGACAGUGAGGAAGAGUACAAGUCAAAACGCAAACAUAAACAUAAGGAUAAGAAGAAACACAAGCAUAAGCAUAAAGGCAAGAACAGACAUCACGGCGAAGAGAGAGAAAAACACAAACUAAGUGACAAGAAAGAUACCCAAACAAAUGAUUCCAGCCAGGCUGAAAAAAUUUCUUUGUCAGAUGAUAAGCAGAUUCUAAAUAAGUUGAAGAAUUUACAGAGUUUAAAAGCAGGGAAGAGGAUGCGCGCGAUGGAUUUCAUGUGA